UACAUAAUGUUUAUGUAAUGUUUGUUAAUAGCAAUUUGCGGUAGAGUUACCAGGUACUUUCAGCAUAUGAUUGAGGAAUGUUAAGUAAAUAAUGUGAAUUGUUCUAUAAAUGGCUACAGAUUAGGUCUAAGUACUCCACUGUCAUUCCCCUGCUUACUUCUUUAGCCAAGAAGAAGCAAAAGCCAGCAUAAGUAAAGCAUAGACUAGUAUCUAAGUAAUCAAUUAUUCAGGUGUUUCUUCUCAUGAAUAUACCGAAAGGUGUUUAAAAUAUUCAGAGUUAUGCACAACGCUAAUUCACAAAAAUGCGAAACCUUUUCUAAUUCUUUUAUGCCAGACGAAAGGAUGUGUUUACUUGUUGAUACGUGGUCCGUCCAUUUUCAUAAAAAGGCGGCAACCUUAUUCUUAGUCACUUCAGCCCCCUGCCCGCAAUGUAGUGACUAUUUAUGGCUAAAUGCCUGGAUUGAGUUUUGUGUGUGUGUGUGUGUGUGUAUAUGUGUGUGUGUGCCAACCAGGGUGUAUCCCAACUGAAAACGGAAAUUUAAACAUAAAACAUGGAUUCUUUGUUUUACAUUAGCUUUUGUCAGUCUUCACUAAGGGUGUCAAAAAUGUGGAAUGUGUUAUCAGAGUCUUGAGUCUUGAAUUUGAAAAAUUCGGUGUAUUUGUUAGCUACUGUUGCAAGAUAUAUUGCGACAUAUUAUGGGGACAGAUCAUUUGUCAGCUUGUUAACUUUACGCGAUCUCUUCAGGACAUAGGCACUCCCCGAAAGCCGCAGCUUGCAGAAGGUUUGCACACAGCAUCCUGGUUCCCCUUAUCCACCUCUCUCCGAACUGAGGCGGGGGGUAUUUCAUCGUGACGGAUCACGGAUCCGUGAAAGAUGCACUGCCACGGCAGCUUGGUUACUGCCUACUGCUGCGUCCUGAUCGCGGGGGGCGUCGGGUUCAGCUUCAGGCAGGCUCGCAGGCAGACCCCCUACGGCCGGUACGCGGCGUUGUCGGCAUCGCGGCGCUGGGUGCCGGCCAAACCGGCGUGGUUUUUCCAGGAGCUGCCAUCUUUCCUGGUGCCCAUGCUGAUGUGUUGGGGCACAGGGGCGAAGCUGCGGUUGGGUGAAACUCUGCUGCUCUGCCUCUUCUGUGGCCACUACUUCCAGAGGACCUUCGUGUACUCCUUGCUGACGAAGGGCCGUCCCUCCCCCCUCCGGAUCGUACUGUCAGCCCUGAUCUUCUGCUCUGUCAACGGAUUCGUCCAGAGCCACUACCUGCUGCACUGUGCGGCGUACGGUGAUGCGUGGCUCACCGACUGGCGGUUGCUGCUCGGUGGCAUGUUUGAAUACGUCUCGGGUGCAAACUUCCUGGGGGAGAUAAUCGAGUGGUUCGGCUUUGCCGUUGCUGCUUGGUCCGUACCUGCCCUUUCCUUUGCGGUCUUCACGCUGUGCUCCAUCGGACCACGCGCUUACCAUCAUCACCGAUUUUACCUGAAGUUUUUUUCAGAUUACCCACAAUCAAGAAAAGCAGUAAUACCAUUCCUAUUUUGAGAGGUUUGGUCAUCUACCAUCAUACUUAGGAAAACUAACAAAUUACAGCCAUCUUUCGGAGUUUCCCCGAAAAGAAUCAUCUCUCGAGGACGCUGUUAACCUCCUGGACUCAUGCAUUCCGAGCAAACCAGCGCUGCAUUAAUAGUUUCGGUCUGACGGCGGAUUUAUUACAUGUAGGUUAAUGUUAACAUUUUACAUACAAGAGUUUGCAUAAUUUGACUCAUAAUCAUUUCAUUACUAAUAUCUUUCUGUAGCUUUCAACAGCACAUUGUGUGUGAAAUAAAAGUGUUUUUUACAGUUA